AUGGCGAAUGCCUGGGAGAUCCGUCACAGCUGCCUGCUGGCGUCCUUCACGCACCGUGGACGCGGCCGUGAAUUCAUACUCAGCACUGACGUGUGCGUCCCUCUCGACAAGCUCGACAUCAUCAUUGCCGAGACUGAGAAGGAGUUCGCGGUGUACGAUAUGCCAUGCAUCCUCUGCGCGCAUGUAACAGAUGGUAACUUUCACUGCGCCAUCCCGUACAAGACGGACACCGAGUGGCGACUCGCACGAGAGUUGGAAAGCCACAUGAUUGAGCGCGCCAUUGCAUUGGGCGGCACGAUCUCGGGCGAACACGGCCUUGGUAUCGAAAAGGUCAAGCACGUCGUUCUCGAGCACGGCCCUGCGCACGUGGAGGUACAGGAACGCAUCAAGCGGGCACUCGAUCCCGACAACUUGAUGAACCCAGGCGCUUUCUAUCCCUUCCAGCAAGCGUUGUAUCCAACAGCGCACCUGUAA